GCUGAUGAAUUCGUUUCGAUCCGCUCAGACGUCGACUGGUACAAAAUCUGCCGCAUUUCGAAUGGAGGGCUCGCACUACAAGUUCUCCUCCGAUCCGACUCGUCUAAUUCUCCACCAUGGUUCGCAUCAGCAACAACCUUCCCAACUUCACCGGCAGGCUGGUGGGCGGCCGGUAUUCUCUCAGAGAGGUCCUGGGCUCUGGAGCCUACGGAAUUGUUCAUCGCGCCGAAGACCGCGAGGCCGGAUCUCAUCAGACGACGCAGGUCGCCGUCAAGUGCCUCUGGGACACCACCAAUGCUGCGGGUGCAUCUCAUCGGCGCGAGGUAGCAAUACACAAACUCGUCUCCUCACACGGCAACAUCCUCACCUUGCGCGACAUCGUCUACGAGGAGCAAUUCAUCUUUAUCGUCCUUGAUCUGAUGCAAGGCGGCGACCUAUUCGGCAACAUCGUCCAUCGACGGGUCUUCUGGAAACGGGACGACCUUAUCCGCAACGUAUUUCUACAGAUAUGCGACGGCGUCCAACACUCGCAUAGUAAAGGCAUCGCGCACCGGGACUUGAAACCGGAGAAUAUUCUGUGCUCCCCCGAGGGGAAUGUUGUCAUAGGUGACUGGGGAUUGGCCACCAGGAGUUCGCUCACGGAGAAUCGCGGAUGCGGCAGUGCUUUCUAUAUGAGCCCUGAAGCGUUCAAGGACGCUCAACAUCCCCGCCUGUAUUGUCCUCUCCGCAGUGACAUUUGGUCCUUGGGCAUCAUCCUUAUCAACCUCAUUACCGGGCGCUGCCCCUGGCAGAGGGCCGAACGCUCGGACACCUCUUUCAUCGAAUACGUGGAUGACACGGCGCAUGGUCGUUGGAACGGAGAGUUUCUGCGAUGCAUGCUCCCGCUUUCGUCUGCCGUCAACAUACUUCUGAAGCGCAUAUUGGUAGUCAAUCCCGCCCACCGGCUGCAGAUUCAGGACAUCAAGGAGCGUAUCUUGAACAUUGAUACAUUCUUUAUGUCGCCAGACGAUGUAUCGAAGGGAACACAGCACGUCAAGGGCAUCGUCGAAGAACACGCACAGUUCCUCGUCAAAGCUGUCGGCGGACCCCCCUUCAACGGCAUCAUCUUCGCUCCUGUUCCCGGCACGGCCGCGGUGGCACCUCUUCUUCAACGCGAGACGUCGAUGGUCACUGUCGCGUGGUCAUUUCGUUCACGAAGCAACGUCGAUCCUGAUGCCUUUUCCCGAUCAUCGCGACCUUCCUCACCAUCGUCACGUGGGCCCCGCACUCCUCCUGUCAGUGACCAAGGCCUCACGAGCAUCGUCAUUGCCAGCGUCGAGCAGGCCCAUCCGGCACCGGCAAUACGCCGCCCACAUCCACUUCCUGAUUCGCCAUCAGGAACGGGUAGCCCUUCGGCCGUGCUCCUGAGAAUGGCCGUGCUCAACGACCGUCCUCAGGCGAUAGAAACUAGGAGCGAGGCAGGGAAGCGCAAGAGACAAUCGUCAAUAUCGGCGAUGUUGAACAAGACGAUCAAGUGUCUCAAGGCUUUGGCUUAG